GAACGAUCUCAUCACACUUGGACACGAAUAGGGAACGCAGCAGAUCAACCAUGUCCUUCUUCAACAAGUCCACAACUGCCACGAGUACCACAGUGGCGACUGAAGCUGAUCUGUCCAACGAUAUUAUAGUGCAGAACCCUCCGGAAGAUUCGAUAUCUGACAUCUCCUUUUCACCACAAGCUGAGUUCUUUUCCGCCUCUUCAUGGGACAAGAAGGUCCGUAUAUAUGAGGUGAGCGCCAAUGGAUCCACUGAAGGACGUGCCAUGUAUGAGCACGAUGCUCCCGUUCUGUCCACAAGAUGGACGAGUGAUGGUACCAAGGUGAUAUCGGGAGGAUGCGAUAAGCAGGUUAAGCUCUACGAUAUUCAAAGUGGUCAGGCACAGCAGAUUGGUGCUCACGACGCUCCUGUGAAGGCUGUUAGAUUUGUUGAAUGUGGUCCUACAAAUACACCUGUUGUUGUGAGUGGUUCGUGGGACAAGACUUUGAGAUAUUGGGAUACGAGAACCCCUAAUCCAAUUGCCACCAUACAACUCCCAGAAAGGGUCUAUACGAUGGAUUCCUCACAGAAAUUGCUCGUUGUCGGUACCGCUGAAAGACACGUUUGUAUCAUUGACCUCAACAACCCACAGCAGAUUAGAAAGACAGUGACAUCACCGCUGAAAUGGCAAACUAGAUCCAUUACUUGCUAUCCUCAAGGUAACGGUUAUGCCCUUGGUUCCAUUGAGGGGAGAUGUGCCUUCCAAUACAUUGACGAUACAGAACAAUCGCAGUUAGGUUUCACUUUCAAGUGUCAUCGUAAGCAAGAGACUAAAGGUGGAAGAACGGAGAGUCAUAUUUUUGCCAUAAAUUCUAUAUGUGCGCAUCCAGUCUAUGGUACCUUUGCUACUGCUGGCUCUGAUGGGUGCUUCAACUUUUGGGACAAAGAUGCCAAGCAUAGAUUGAAGGGAUUCCCAGCACUGAAUGGUUCUAUCACUGCAUCUGCAUUCAACAGAAACGGUAACAUCUACGCCGUUGCCGUGUCAUAUGAUUGGAGUAAAGGUUACUCCUUCAACAAUCCGCAGUACCCAAAUCUUAUAAGAUUGCACCCAACAAAGGACGAAGAGGUUAAGCAAAAGCCAAAGAGACGUUGAGAUGAGCCAGUCACUAGUGUUCUUAUAAAAAAACGAAUAAAACCUGUAAUAAUCUUUAAG